CCCACGGCCCAUCAUCCUCCCCAACGCCGGUGGCGCAAAGCCGCAAGCAAAACCCUUCCCUUCCUCGGAGAGAAGGUAUCGGCGGCGAGAUUUUCCUCCCUCUCGCCGUCGCCAUGGGCGGCGCCUCCAAGCUGCUCUCCUCCCUCCUCCUCACCUCCUCGCCGCUCCGCCUCCGCCCCUCCGCCGGCGCCUUCGCGCUCUUCCUCUCCCCGCCCGCGUCCCGCCGCCACCUGCUGCUCUCCUCCCCGGCUCCCCUCCGCACCCUCUCCACCGCCUCCGCCUCCGCCGCCGCCGGCGGAGCCUCUUCGGAUUCGUACAGCUCGGGCUCGUGCCACUCUCCUUUUCCCGAGUGGUCACGCCUGGUCGACCGCCUCUCGGCGGCGGGCUACGGCGCGCGCGCACCUUCCCCCGCCGAUGAGCUCGACCUCGACCCCGAAUGCGGCCUGUCGUCCGACGCUGAGGCCGCGGUGUCCUCCUUCCUCGCCUUCGCACGCGACCGGCCUGACCUCCUCAGGUCUCUGCCGAGGAAGGACGUGGAGGUCUUGGUGGCCAACGCGGCGCCGGCUCUGUUCAAGGACGGGGAGGCAUCAGAGCUGCGUCUGCGGCAAUACCUUGCCGGGGAAGGGAGCGAUGUGACUCAGUCAGAGAGAGCGGAAACCAUCGAUAUUGUUCGGUACUUAUUAAGUUACGCAUACGGUUCUCCGGUCAGCUAUUUGAAAGAUAAGGAACUGACUGAUUCAGCUGUGAGAAAUAUCUUGGCUGAGUUUGUAAGUUUUAGUGGAUUUCCUCAAACCUCCAGUUACGCCGAAUCAACAGCUAGGCAAAAUACAUUGGGCUCUAGGCCUCCAGGACAAAAUAUUGAAAUGAAGCGAGGUGACUGGAUCUGUACAAGAUGUAGCUUUAUGAAUUUCGCUAGAAAUGCGAGAUGCCUUGAGUGCAAUGAGCAUCGACCAAAGAAGAUGUUGACUGGUGGAGAGUGGGAAUGCCCUCAGUGUGUGUAUUAUAAUUAUGGGAGGAACAUGUCAUGCUUACGAUGUAGUUGUAAAAGACCAGGAACAAUACCACCAAAUCCUGCUGGUGCUGGUUUAGAUGGAGUGGCACAGUUUCUUAAUACAUCCAUUGUUGGUAAAUCUGAAAUUGAGAGAAAACUCGCUGAAAAUGACCAGAAGGCAGAAAGGUGGUUGAACAAAGUAUCCCAACUUGAUGAUUCUGCUGAUUUAAGUAGUCUAGCAGCCGACGAGGAUUUUCCUGAGAUCAUGCCGAUUAGGAAGGGGGUCAAUAAAUUUGUGGUUAGCACACGCAAGACACCAUUGGAGAGAAGACUGGCAAAUGCACAGUACAGCAGUAACAAUAGCCCCCAAGAUGGAUCAUCUGACUCCAAGAUAAGUAAAACAUUAGACAGGAUUCUUGGGCGUUCUACAUCUACUUCGGUGCAGAACAAUCAAUCUGGUGAUGGAGAUGUAAAUACUAGUUCAAAUAAAACAACAAGCAAUCUUGGUGGCAUUGAUCCUGUUCCUUUCGUGCCAUUAUCUGCAGAUCAGUUUGCUAAGCCACAAAAUAGUUUUGGUGAUGGACAAUCAGACACCCAAAUAAGUACAGAGGCUGAUUCCAUGGCAAAAAGCCAAAUGGAUUCAAUGGAGAGGAGAGAUGACAAGCGAUCAUUUGAUACCACUGAGGAAUGGUCCAAGAAAGUUGCAGAGCUCAGUAAUGUAAAGGACUUUCCAAGUGCAAUUUCUGAUCAAGACUUUCCUGAGAUUAUGCCAAUGAGGAAAGGUGAGAAUCGGUUUGUUAUUAGUAAGAAGAAAGACCGCUCACUGACAUCGCCACAGUACAAAAGGCGCAGUGUGCUCGAGCAUGCUGAUAAUUCCAAUUUCAUCCCAUUUGUCCCAUUCCCUCCUGAUUACUUUGCCAAGAAAAAUAAGCCUGUGGAGAAUUCAUCAGAUGCAGGAAUAGUGCCAGAAGGCCCUCCAUCAGCUGAAAAAUUACCAGAAACAAAAUAUUCAUCUGGAAAUCUGGGAAAUUUUCAGAACAGCUCACAGGUGAUGGGCAGUCAGGCAGCAAACAACAUGAACAAUGAGAACAGGAACGGAAAUUAUCCACAUCAAAACUUGAGUACAAGUGGUUAUGGGUAUGGUGAAAGCAUCACUUAUCAGCAUCAACCACAAUCUCAAGGGAUGGUCGGUCGUUCUGGUGGUGCUUCUGAAACUGGCACUCGGAAUGCAAACAACAACCAGGGAAGCUUUAGCGAAAGCAGAGAUAGAUCUACUUACAACAGGGGAAGCCAUUCCGCACAGCCACCUUAUAAGUCAGGUUAUGGUAACAAUAACAAUGCUUGGAGCAGUAACAACAAUGGCAGCAAUAAUGCUUGGAGCAGCACCAGAGAUUAUGACAAUGGUGGUCGGAGCGACAACAAUCCCUAUUACAACAGCAGUACUUGGAGCAGCAACAGCACCUAUAGCAACAACGCUGCCUGGAGCAGCAAUAGCAGCUACAACAGUAACAGCGCAUGGAGCAGCAAUAGCAGUUACAACAGUAACAGCGCAUGGAGCAACAAUAGCAACAACAGUUGGAGUGGCUCAUACUCUGAUAAUGGCGGCACCGGUAGUGGCAGUUCCGCAUCUAGACCUAACCAAACAGCAGGCUACUCAAGUUACGGAGAAAGUGCGAAUAGAGGAUAUACUGGAAAGAGCUUGGAAGGAUCUGCAGUGAAGGAUCCUGAUCCAUUGGAUAUGUCUGAGGAAGCUAAGGCCGAGAGAUGGUUUAGGAGGGCAGCACAGAUAAAGGACAUCUCCGAGCUCGCCAACAUCCCUGACGAGGACUUCCCGGAGAUAAUGCCGAUGAGGAAGGGCGUGAACAGGUUCGUCGUCAGCAAGAGGAAGACACCACUGGAGAGGAGAUUAACAUCACCUCAGUACAGAAGAAACCUGCCUAUCGUAAGUUCUGAACCGAACGAAGACGCUAACUAAAAAAAAAAGGUGUGGUUACGAAAUUUCCAGUGCAACAGCGAGGAGUUAAAACACCAAGGGCAUUCUUUACAGCAGUUUUGUGAUAAUAAGCCAGCACAAGACGGUUCUCUGUAUUGUAAAAUUUUUGUUCUGAACCUUCCAUUUAUUUUGUACUUCCAGGGAAUCCAUGUUGUAUAUGAAACCUUCGAUACUGAAACUCUGCAUGACACUGUUGAACUAUUACUUUUCUGCGGCUUCAAAUGUCCAAUCUUUCAAUGAAAUUGUUCUUUGGGCUCUAA